AUGCUUGCCAUUCUGUCACGCUGGUGCAACGAGUUGAAGCCCAUCUAUGGGUCCAGUGGCGAGCUUCCCUUCAAGGUCGAUCGUGCUGCCGCACCCCUUCUCGGUGUCGUCUCGUAUGGGAUUCACCGGACAGCCUUCACUUGCAGUGACGACGGUCAUAUCAAGCUGUGGGUGAAGAAACGCUCACAGUCCACUGCAUUCUAUCCCGGCCACCUCGACAAUACUGUAGCUAGCUCGACUAUACCCGAUGGCCAACUGCCUCUAGAAGUGGCGAUCCUUGUAGCGGGAGAGGAAGCGACCCUUCCUGAAGAUCUUGUGCGCUCCAGAACCAAGUUGAGUACUUGUUUGAGCUCGAACUGCCGGGUGGGGCUGAACCUAAGCCAUGCGAUCACAAGGUGGAGUCACGUCAAACCGGGCUACGCUAUGGUUGCUCUAAACUUUAUCAUCCAGCAUGGGCUUCUGGAUGGUCAAAAUGAGCCGGACUUUGUGGAGAGUACCACAAGGCUUCAUCGCACGCUCGAGUUGCCUGUCAAGCGAUUAAACCCUUCCCUAGACUAG